AUGGUGCCUACUCUGGCAGUCCCCACCCGAUAUGGCUUCAUUGGCCGUAAGCUGCCACAGCCAGGCUACCCACCAGCUCUAAUCACCUUUAUGUUCUGCCCAAUGGUUAUCACCAUCAUCAUAGACCUCACCAGCAACUCCAUGGUCAUUUUGGCUGUGGGGAAGAACAAGAAGCUCCGAAAUUCUGGCAGCGCAGCAGCCGCGCCUUUGGGGGGCCUAUCCCCUGCUCGCCUUGGCUUCUGGGAUGCGCUGGAGGCGGAGCACAGACCCCAGCGCCUGAGUAUGGAGCGGGUUAGUCUGAGCCCGCGGGAACCGAGCUCCAUCCGCCAGUCCCAGGGCGCACUGUGGACAGAGGCGAGAAGCAGGCUGGGCACAGCAGGCUGUAGCGGCGGAGAUCCGGAAGACCGUAAGCUGGGUACCGGGGUCGAUGUGCCCGGCGGAGGCAACAUCUUUGUGGUUAGCCUCUCCGUGGCUGAUAUGCUGGUGGCCAUCUACCCCUACCCUCUGAUGCUGCAUGCCAUGGCCAUCGGGGGCUGGUAUCUGAGCAAGUUCCGGUGCCAGGUGGUCAGAUUUAUCACAGGGCUGAGCGUGGUCGGCUCUAUCUUCAAUAUCGUGGCAAUUGCCAUCAAUCAUUACUGCUACAUCUGUCACAGCCUCCAGUACGAGCGGAUAUUCAGCUUGCGCAAUACAUGCAUUUACCUGGUUGCCACCUGGAUCAUGACCAUCCUGGAUGUCCUGCCCAACAUGUACAUUGGCACCAUCAAGUAUGAUCCUUGCACCUAUACCUGCAUCUUCAACUAUCUGAACAACCCCAUCUUUGCUGUGACCAUGGUCUGUAUCCACUUUGUCAUCCCUGUGCUCAUAGUGGAUUUUUGCUAUGUGAGGAUCUGGAUGAAAGUGCUGGUAGCCCGUGACCCUGCUGGGCAAAAUCCUGACAACCAACUUACUGAGGUUUGCAAUUUUCUAACCAUGUUCGUGGUCUUCCUCCUUUUUGCAGUAUGCUGGUGCCCUAUCAACGUGCUCGCUGACUUGGUGUCUGUGAGUCCAAAAGAGAUGGGUGACUCUGACCAUUUCAAGCCUCCCUCUGUCCAUUUCAAGCCUGCCUCCAACCACCACAAGCCUCCUGCUACCAGCUACCCCGAGCCCUCUACUGCCAGCUAUCCUGAGCCUGCUGCCACCAGUUACCCCAAGCCUGCCAUCACUGGUUACCCUGAGCCCUCUACUGCUGGACACUAUGAGCUCACUGCGUCUUGUCACUCUGAGACCACUGCUACUGGACACCUGGAGUGUGAUGUUACUGACCUCCCUGAACUUUCCUCCAACCCUGCCAGUCCACUGGAGCCCCCUGCUGCCACUGACCCUCUUGACUCCACUGUGGUCACCAAUGACAGCAACGAUUACCAUGAGGUUGUGGUUAUUGAUGCUGAAGUUGAUUCUGAUGAAAUGGCUGUGUGAAAAAUGCUUUUAGUGGGUGGCCAAGCAGUGGUCGACUUUCAAGUUUGUCUAGAAUAUGUAAUCCUAAGGGAGGCACCUCACUACAUUUAAACACAGAAAGAUUCGCAGACACUGACGGCCAUGGUGUAAGCUAAUUCCAUCAUUCAGGUAACUCCAUUACAUCACAUACUUUCAAAAGUGUGUGUGUGUGUGUGUGUGCUAUUUUAGAGACCAAAUUGCAGUCUAGUUUGACAUCUGUUCUGAGCCUACCUUUCUUCUUACUGCUGACCUUGAGCCCAAAGUGAUCUUUGAUAUUUUAGACUUUGAUUUUUUUCCCACUUCUCUGUUUCCCUUUCUCACCUUCUCUCAUUUCCUCCUUACUGUUCCUGCUUUCUUCUCCCAUUCCCUGAGGGAGGGAUGGGGGGACAUGUACACUGGUGAAAGUGUGCCCUAUAAAGUUAAUGUGACCACAGAGCUUUAUGUGCCUAAGUGUGUAACUCUAUAUUGUACAUUUAAUGGCAAUCAGAAAGGCAGUUGUGGUAAAGUACAAGUAGUUGAAACAGUUUUGUUUCUAAAUUCCAGCAACAAAAUAUGACCCAUAUCUAAAUAAAUAAUUUGACAAGUUCUUAUUAAAGUACAUUUUUAUGCCUAUGAAAUCAAAUGGCAAAAUGAAAGCUAUGACCACACUGAAUUAUUUUUAUUUUGUGAAAAUUCAAACAUCAGUGCUGAUCUUCAGAGUCCAACAUGAAUGCAAAGAAUUACAUGUUUUUACCUAUUUGUAGUCACCUUUUUUAGUAUCUGCCAGAAUUUUUUUUUUCAUUUAUAUUCAGAAAAACAAAUCCAUUCAUAAACCGAUUUCUUCUAAAAUUUAAAUAUAUGGUUGCUAGGAUCAAUUAUAGUCAUGUUUUUAAUACUGUAAUUCAUAACUAUACUUUACCUCAGAGAAGUUUUUAAACAGCCUGAUGUGUUUUUUUGUUUGUUUGUUUUCUUUUUUUGUUUGUUUGUUUGAGGUAACACUGCAGUGUGGUUCUUUCUGUU